AUGUUCACGCCAGAUUUUGUUUGGCACCUGCAGGUGAGCGUGCUGACCACCCUGGAGCGGAGGUUCAACCUGCAGAGCGCCGACGUGGGUGUGAUCGCCAGCAGCUUCGAGAUCGGCAACCUGGCGCUCAUCCUCUUCGUCAGCUACUUUGGGGCACGUGGGCACCGGCCGCGCCUCAUCGGCUGCGGGGGCAUCGUCAUGGCCCUGGGCGCGCUGCUGUCCGCCUUGCCCGAGUUCCUGACCCACCAGUACAAGUACGAGGCCGAGAUCCUCUGCUGGGGCGCCGAGGGCUUUUUUCGCGACGUGUGCGCCGCCAAUGGCACAGCCAGCGACCAGGGGCCCGAUCCUGACCUCAUCUGCCGCAACCGGACCACCACCAACAUGAUGUACCUGCUGCUGAUUGGGGCCCAGGUGCUCCUGGGCAUCGGUGCUACCCCCGUGCAGCCCCUGGGCGUCUCCUACAUCGACGACCACGUGCGGAGGAAGGACUCCUCGCUCUAUAUAGGAAUCCUGUUCACAAUGCUGGUGUUUGGACCCGCCUGCGGGUUCAUUCUGGGCUCCUUCUGUACCAAAAUCUACGUGGACGCUGUGUUCAUUGAUACAAGUAACCUGGACAUCACCCCGGACGACCCCCGCUGGAUUGGAGCCUGGUGGGCCGGCUUUCUGCUCUGCGGUGCCUUACUCUUCUUCUCUUCCCUCUUGAUGUUCGGGUUCCCCCAGUCCCUGCCCCUGCACUCCGACCCCACCGUGGAGAGCGAGCAGGCCAUGCUCCCCGAGAGGGAGUACGAGAGGCCCCCGCCCAGCAACGGGGUCCUGCGGCACCCGCUGGAGCCGGACAGCAGCGCCUCCUGCUUCCAGCAGCUGAAAGUGAUCCCCAAGGUCACCAAGCACCUGCUCUCCAACCCCGUGUUCACCUGCAUCGUCCUGGCCGCCUGCAUGGAGAUCGCGGUGGUGGCCGGCUUCGCUGCCUUCCUGGGGAAGUACCUGGAGCAGCAGUUUAACCUCACCACCUCCUCUGCCAACCAGCUGCUCGGGAUGACGGCGAUCCCCUGCGCCUGCCUGGGCAUCUUCCUGGGCGGCCUGCUGGUGAAGAAGCUCAGCCUGUCCGCCCUGGGCGCCAUCCGCAUGGCCAUGCUCGUCAACCUGGUGUCCACGGCCUGCUACGUCUCCUUCCUCUUCCUGGGCUGCGACACGGGCCCGGUGGCCGGGGUCACGGUUCCCUAUGGAAACACCUCAGCGCCUGGUGCAGCCCUGGACCCCUACUCACCCUGCAAUAAAAACUGUGAAUGCCAAACCGACUCCUUCACUCCCGUGUGCGGGGCGGACGGCGUCACCUACCUGUCUGCCUGCUUCGCUGGCUGCAACAGCACGAAUCUCACGGGCUGUGCGUGCCUGACCGGCCCGCCCGAGAACGCCACCGUGGUCCCCGGCAAGUGCCCCAGUCCCGGCUGCCAAGAGGCCUUCCUCACCUUCCUGUGCGUGAUGUGUGUCUGCAGCAUGAUCGGGGCGAUGGCCCAGACGCCCUCGGUCAUCAUCCUCAUCAGGACAGUCAGCCCUGAACUCAAGUCUUACGCGCUGGGAGUUCUUUUCCUCCUCCUCCGCUUGCUGGGUACUUCAUGCCCCUGA